AUGUACUGCCAAAAGUGUCGCACACCCCUCAAGCUCGACAGCUCCCUCGAGGACCUGAAUCCCGCCGCAUACGAUCUCCUGGUCGCUUCCUCUUCGCAAACGUCCCCCAAAAAGUCGCACUCCUCACGAAUCCCACACUCCCAAGACAGCCAGAGAAAGGCACUUUACGAUAAGGUGUCCCAAAAUGCUGCUUCAGCAACAUUCAAGCGCCACGGCAGUGGCCCGUCGGGCUCGGCGCAAAAAGACUCGACAAUGUCAUUCAUCUACCUGACCGAGUCCCAAGUCGCGCAGCCCGUGCUUUCGAGACCAGAACCCCAACCAGCGAACCCGAAGUCAAAUAAAGGAGGCAAGGCUGGUUCAAAAGGCCAGGAGGAACCGUCCAGUAAAGCACACGAAGUGGAACGCAUCCACAAGCUAUUCGAGAUUCUAUCCGCGAGAUCCGAUAUCGACCACCCUGUCUGCGUGGAAUGUACGGACAUGCUGGUGGAGGGCCUGCAGAAAAAGCUCGAGGGUGCGGCGAGAGAGCGCGACGCGUACGUUGGGUUUCUGAAGCAAGUCCAAAGCGAUCAACCCAGCGAGGAGGAGGUAAAGGCGCAAGAGGAGGCACUUAAGCAGGCAAAGCAGGCCGAGUCCGAAGCGAUGGCGGAACUGCUGCGCUUAGAAAAGGAGAAGGCAGCAGUGGACGCCGAAAUUGUUGCUCUGGAGGAGGAAGCGCAGCAACUCGAUCGGGAGGAGGAACAGUUCUGGCGCGAGCGCAACACCUUUGCGAUGAAGCUGGCCGACUUUCAGAACGAGCGCGACAGCAUCAACUCCAAAUUCGACAACGACGCCCAACUGCUGGAGAAGUUGCAGCGAUCCAACGUAUACAAUGACACUUUCUGCAUCAGUCACGACGGCACUUUUGCUACCAUCAACGGCUUGAGACUGGGUAGGACCUCUAGCAAGCCUGUGGAUUGGCCCGAGAUCAAUGCCGCAUGGGGGCAUGCUUUGUUGUUGCUCGUCACCGUGGCGGACAAGCUUGGCUACAAAUUCGACGGGUUCGAACCGCAACCCAUGGGAAGCACCUCCAAGAUCGUUCGAUAUGAGCUGCCCUCCCCCGCUGCCAGCCGUCUUGGUUCUCAUCGCAACGCCCCACCUCCAGCACCGAAGAAGCAUGUUCUGGAGCUCUUCUCCGCCGGAGACCUGCCUCUCGGCUUGACGUUUAUGCACCGCAAGUUCGAUAACGCCAUGGUCGCCUUUCUCGAACUCGUGAGACAGCUCGGUGCUUUUGUCCAUAGGCAGACCGCAGCAGACGGCCAUCCGCUUAGUUUACCUUACAAGAUUGAGGGUGACAAGAUCAUGGACGUCAGCAUCAAGCUGGGAAUGACCCAAGACGACGGCUGGACCAAGGCCUGCAAGCUGACACUGACAUGUUGCAAGUUUCUGCUGGCGCACGCUAGUAACGUGAACACAACAGCAAGAAAUGCCAACAACUAA